CUUAGCGGUUGGUUGGUGUAUCCGCUACGAGAGGGGAAGGAAACCAAAAAAUAGUGGUGGGGGUGGAAAGCGCUGGAGUAGGGUAGGAAAAACAGCAGGCGAAUAGCUUACCUAUUAAAUACGAGAUUAUUUUCUUUCAGUUGUCAGUUCUUCGUUUGAUAGUAUAACAUAAAGGUGAAAGUGAUAACGAAUAACGUGAUCUUCCUCUACCAGCCUAUCAACCCAGUCCAAAUAGGCGUAAACAUGUCAUGUAAAAAUUAAUUAAAUAAAAAGCGAUAUCAUUUUACGAACUAGAGAUCAGCUGACCCAUCGACCGGAUCAACUGCUUUUCAAAUUCAGGGAGGCUGCUCUGAAAGUAAUAAACUCACCUCGGUUGAAGCAUGUAGAGAUUUUGAGGUGACCCUGACAAUUAGAGAUUCUAGUCUGUGAAGUGACUUUUUCUUUUUGUAAUUUUUCACUAAACGAAAUGGCAACCUACACGGUCUACAGGCACGUUGAGCUCGAUAACGUUGGAUAUGGGAAAAAGAGGGUAUUGAAGCCCCCUGGCGGAGGAAGCAGCGACAUUUUCGGCGCUGGACCAGAGGAAACCAGCCCUCGUCGGAUUAAGUCUCAUAACCAAUCCCAGCUGGGAUCAUCAUUUUUUAGUGAGACUACCAGCAAUGAUCCAAGCAGCAACGGCCCGGAAACACCGAGGGUCACCAGUAAGCCCGGUAAUGAUUCAUACAAACGUCUGUUCGGUCCUCCCGAUGCCCCAUCUACCCAAAAUUUGAAAAAUCACAUGCGCAGCAAUAUCCCUCUAAACGAGGAGAGUACGGCGGUUAUAUCUCCCGCCAAAAGUACAUCAAGCAGCAAUGGCUCCAUCUCUAGUAGCAGUAUUUCGAACGGAAACUCGCACAGCAAUGAUAAUACAGAUGGUAACCCGGUAACCGGAACUGGAUAUGCAGCAGACCAGCAGAAUAAUGCGAUGCCAGUGCAAAAUGAAAGUGGAAAUGCAAACUCCAGCGGUUCUGAAAAGUCGACAGAUAUAUCUCCUGGCACCGGCAGCAUGUCCAAUAAGGUUCAGCGUAAUCGCGUUCCUCCUGGUGGCUACUCCUCCGGGCUUUGGUAAAGCCUUAAAUUUCGACAAGAUCCCACUUGAAUUUCAUAAACCUCUAAAAAAUGUAUCUCCAUCCAAAAAAGAAAAAUUCUUAUUUGCUUUCGACAAGGGCCUUGAAACAAUUUUAUGAAUUUUAAAGAUAGGCCUCCGACAGUCCCUGUUUGUAUUUUUUGGUAUUAAAAUUACAUCAUUACUGUUGAAUCGCAUCGAUAAUAACAUCUUCUAAAGCGAAAAUCAACACUUCGACAUCAAUCUCGAAAUUUUAUAUUAGAUAUUCUCUACUUGUGGUUGUUUUUCUCGGAAAAACAACCUACUAAUUUGGAAGACUUCGUACAAUGAUACAAUGGGGCAUUGUAUCAUUGUACGAAGUCAAAAUAUAAGUGCUUUUUAAAUCUUUGUGCCUUCUUUAUUAUUCAGCACGUAGGAUACAAAAUUUAUAUGUUACUAAUGGUACGUUUUACUUGGUUCUUUUACUGUCAUAAAUGGAUUCUGAAAAUCUAAAAAUAAAACAUUUUUGUGAACUGUUUUUAUAGAAACAUACAUUUUUUUUGUAUACUGGUUUCAAAAUUACACAAACUCAUAUAUGAUAUUUUUCCUGAUAAAAGUUUCCUUCAAAUUUAUCCAUGUACUAGAUUUUAUUAUCAUUUAAAAAUAUUGACUUAUUUGAAUCUAGGGAGAAGACAACUUAUAUUUAAAAACAAAAAAUGGAAGCCGCCUGGAAGUUUUGUUAACAUUGCCACAAUGUGAGAUUAAUUCUAAGUAACAAAAUAGACAAAUUUCUUCGAAACGGAAGUAAAAUAAUGGUAAAUUCAUUUUUUUGCUUGGUUGAAAUUCAUAAAAAAAUGUAUGAAGAAGAUAUUCCUAAUAUACUAAUUUGGAAGUUACUCCUUCGCUCCUACGUGGCUGAUUAUAUUGUAUUUUUUCUAUUGAUGAAUAUACCUUACAAUUAUUAAAUAUGUAAUUUCGUCCAUUGUCAUCUAGCAGAAUUGCACCUUACACGUAUACGCAUAACACAUAAAGAAUGUGAAUCGCUUCUGUUUCUUUUUUUUUUUUGGUGUGCGUAAAAUUAUAUGGAUUUGUAAUGCCUUUUCAUUUGUCGUAAAUAUCCUUUUGGUAUUCACAAUAAUAAAAUUUUGCACGU